AGGAAGUGAGUGCGAUGACACUUGUCCACUUGACCUGCUGUUUUGGUGCACGAGUUUGCAGAUUCAGCUAACGGAGUUGGUGUUAUUCUCAACUGACUACUAUUGAGUAAAAAUGGAUAAAACUAACCUUUCAGUGGUGCUGCAUUCCAAAGGCGAUCUGAGACUGGAACAUCGACCAAUACCUGAACCAGGACCAAAUGAGGUGUUACUGCAGAUGCACUCUGUGGGGAUCUGCGGAUCCGAUGUCCACUACUGGCAGAACGGACGAAUUGGAGACUUUGUGGUGAAGAAGCCCAUGGUUCUCGGGCAUGAGGCGUCCGGUCGGGUCGUCAAGGUGGGUUCGGACGUCACUCACCUCAAACCAGGGGACAGAGUUGCGGUAGAGCCCGGUGUGCCCCGGGAAAUGGACGAGUUCUUCAAGUCAGGACGCUACAAUCUUUCCCCAACAAUAUUCUUCUGCGCCACACCCCCCGACGAUGGCAACCUUUGCCGAUACUACAAACACAGUGCCAACUUCUGUUACAAGUUGCCCGAUAACGUAACGUUUGAGGAAGGAGCGUUGAUUGAGCCCCUGUCUGUGGGCAUUCAUGCCUGCCGCAGAGCCGGGGUGGCCUUGGGGAGUACUGUGCUCGUCUGUGGGGCAGGCCCCAUUGGUCUGGUGUGUCUGUUGGCGGCGAAAGCCAUGGGAGCCUCUCAGGUUGUCAUAACUGACCUUUCGUCGGAGAGGCUCUCCAUGGCGAAGGAGCUGGGGGCGGACUUCCCUCUGGAGGUGAAGAGGGAGGACACAGCGGAGCAGCUGGCUAAGAAGGUUGAGGGGUUGCUGGGGGACCAGCCCCACGUCACCAUCGAGUGUACCGGCGUCCAGAGCAGCGUGCAGACUGCCAUCUACGCCACGCGCCCUGGGGGUGUGGUGGUGCUGGUGGGGAUGGGGGCAGAGAUGACCACAGUCCCCCUCCUCAACGCGGCGGUCAGAGAGGUGGACAUCAGAGGGGUGUUCCGCUACUGCAACACUUGGCCCAUGGCCAUCUCAAUGCUGGCUUCUAAGAAGGUGAACGUGGCGCCACUGGUGACGCACCGUUUCCCCCUGGAGCAGGCCGUGCAGGCCUUCGAGACCACCCGCCAGGGCCUCGGCGUCAAGGUCAUGCUCAAGUGCGACGAAAACGACCAGAACCCCUGAACUUCCCUGAGGACAACCCCCUCACCUGGAAACAACCUCUGACCUCACACUUGAGGAGAACUCUACAGUCCAUCCCCCUGUCCAGCGUAGGCACCACUGACAGGCCCGCUGCUACAGCAGAGCCACAUGAGAAGCCAUAACUAGUCAUAUUGUAAUUGUGAAUAAACAGAGAGCGAAUGUCUAUACAGCAAUGAGAUCAGUGUUACGCUGUUUGAAACACUACUGAAGAGCUUAGGGUUUGAAUUCAAGCAGUUAUAACACUUGAUUCAUAAGUGAUAUCAAAAUAGGCGAGUUUUUAAUGGAGUUAAUAAUAAUUUCUCAUGUGAGCACUUGUGUUGUCCCCUCAAAACGUGGGUAAUUGAGUUUCUUAUUACAAGCCAAUUCUAUUAGAAAUUCAUUAUGUUUUUAUAACAAUAAUUUCAAGCCAUAAAACGGCAAUGAUUUGUGAAUAAUUUAUAACUACUGCCUUUCAUCUUUCUUGAGUAUAAGUAGAAUAAGUAUACUUCAGAGAAAAGCUUUUUGAUAUUUUUGUGAUCAUGUAACAGAAAAGUCAAUCGCAAGUCAAUUAAAGUCUCCCCCUACAUCCUU